UUAGACGUUUUAUCUGAGCUGGAUGGAAGUGAAGCUGUCAAGGAAUCACUUGGACGCGUUCUGCGACAGAACAAAACUACUCUGAAGAGGUUGACUCUCUGCACCUUUAAGGAUGUUCCCACUACAGUGGAUGCACUUGACAACUGCCCGAAUCUAUCGCACCUUAUCAUUUCCGGUCACCACAAUCUUUUGGCCGAGGACUACAUACCAAGCACCACGUUUUCUGGAAGAAAAAUCAAGUUCACUGAUUGGGAAAAUACCUGUCGAUAUGCCAUCCUAACCAGGCAAGGCCGAACGGACAACACACGGCAAACUGAUACUGGGCUUGGAAUGACUGAUCUCGCAUAUGCAGCGGUACUUGCGCAGGAAAGAAGGCAGCGGCUUUCGCUACCCAAGUGCCCCACAGCCAGGCAUCGACAACUGAAGCGACUGGAUUUACUCGGGAUGGAAACGACACACUUUCUCCAUCCUAGUUUCUGGCAGCACUUGUCGAACCUCGAACACAUUGCAAUCAGCACUCCAAUAGGUCUAUCGGAAGACUGUUACUCCAUCAUCCAGCAUCUCGGAGAUUCGUGUCCAAAUCUCAAAACGCUGCGUUAUGGAAUAGGGUGGGAAGGCUACACUGGUAUCGAUGGUGCCGCCGAUGGUGGCGACAACAAAAUUGAAGAGGAAAGGAGAGGGGAGAUAGACGAAGGGAAAGAGAAAGGACGAAUGUGUCGUGGUCUCCGGGAACUUGCUGUGCGAAUCCGUAAGGGCAAUCCUGCUGUCGCUGGAAAUGAACCGGACAUGACCUUUACGCUCUUACGGCCUGGCUUCUGUGAUGCGUUACAAGUCCUGAAUCUCCAAUUGAAUUUUACGACACAGGUUGAAGUGGAAAGGCUGGUACAGUCGCCUAUGCCUCGUCUUCGGGAGCUCCAGCUUCAUGUGCACUAUCAUAGUUUAAUCUUUGGCACGAUCCAACCGCACCUAAUUGCGGCUUUGGUAAAAAAUUGUCCAGCUUUGGAACGCGUAGUGUUGAAUCGUACGAGACUGAGCGCGGAUGCCCUGUUUGAAUUUACCAAUGCAAGACAGCAACUGCGCUCCUUAUGCGUAGCACAGGAAAUUCCACUGACACCUAUUCUCAAUGUGGCUCCCAUGCCUCGCAACCCCAAUGAUUUACCCGGUGCCACCGCCGUCGUAACAAAUGCUCCUGGUCCAACAAACGGCAUACCUGCUACAACAGCAUUGUCUUCUAAUUUGCAAUAUCAGAUAACAGUGCAGCAGCUUAGGAUGCGUUUGGAGCGACAAAUGGCUACACCUGGCUUGACUGAUCUGCAGCGUAUGCUGUUGAUGCAACAAACGCAACAACGGAUCGCUGCUGUUGUUAACAACGGUGAUCCUGCCGGAGGAGGAAGAGGACAUCUGCCAAAGAGUAUUUUUAGACAGUUUGCUGCAAAAUACACUCGUCUUACUGAUAUUUGUAUUGCAAGUGCUACUUUGAACGAUUCAGACCUUGCAGCUUUAACAUCCAACAACCACGCUUUGGCGACUAUCAAGCUGAUCGCUUGCCAAUCACUUACUGCCAGCGGACUCGAAGCUGCCUUCUCGUCUCGUUGCGUCGCUCAGAUGAAAAACGGGGUUCUUUCGUCACUGCCAUUUCCACAACCCUUGCGUCAUGUCACCUUGGUACAGAUGAAUAUGCUGGAAGGGUUUGUCAUCACUGGUCUGGUCAAGGUGCCAAGCUUGGAAGAGCUUGUCCUCAUCGAGUGCCAAUGGCUGGAUUAUUCUACAGUUCUGAAAUCCAUCGAGGAAGGCCAGCAUCAACGACGCAUAUUCGCCUCUUGUUCGGACAACAGCCCCGUCACCAAUAAAAUCAAAGCACCAUCACAUACGAAGCAGCAUGUACUGAAAACUUACUAUAUAUGCAAUCUUUCAGAGCAGUUUGCCUAUCCGCAAGAAACUCGAUUAAUCGAAUGUAUGCCGUGGCAACAAUCUCUUGUGACGAGAACUCUGCCAGAUAUUGCCAUCGCAAAGCCUAUAUUCGACUACAUCUGACGACUACUUCCAAUGUUAUUACCACUAUCAUUAGCAACAUGUCAUAGCCAUAACAUGUUAUAAAUGAUUCAAUUUAAUAUAGCUAC